GUAUGAAUGUGGAGCGUUAUCCGUCUCCUUUCACUUAAACUUCUAGUCGUUUCACUACAUUGCCUUGUGUAAUUUUUCCAUUCUCUCUACUCGUCACUCCCACUUCCGAUCGCUGCACCGCCUGCCCAGAUGGCCGAAUUCGCCGCCGCCGCCUCUACUCCCCGUCCUCUCAAAAUCAUAACCGGAGCGGAUUCCUUUGGCUGCAACCUCAAAGACGCUCUAGUCUCGCACCUCCGCUCUCUCAACAUAGAUGUUGAAGAUCUCGGUAAUUCCUCCUACUACUCAAUCGCCGCCGAGGUUGGACGUCGUGUCUCUGCUGCCAACUCCGCAUCUCCAUCUUCUCCUUCCCCUCAAAUCCGAGGCCUUGUCGCCUGUGGAACUGGCGUCGGUGUCUCCAUCUUUGCCAACAAAUUCCCCGGCGUCUUCGCCUCCACUUGUCUUUCAACAGCUGAAGCUAUCAAUACCCGCUCCAUUAACAACUGUAAUGUGCUAGCUGUCUCUGGCAUGUCCACAUCUCCGGAAUCUGCCAUAGAAAUCCUCGAUGCUUGGCUCAAUACCCCUUUCAAAGCUCCAUGUCCUGCUUCUAAUUUCGGUCCCUGGAGCGAAGAAAUAUCUUCAUUCUUUGACAAUUCCCUUGAGGAAAUGCCGAAAAUCGGAAAAGAAACAGCCAAUGAAAGUAAGGAAGAAACCUUAACCCCAUGUUCUCUAUGUUGCUUAGUGAAGAACCGGAAGUUAGAUCCGAUUGAUAUCAUCCCAGGAGGUUCGAUGAAGAUAGUAAGAGAGAGCCCUACCUCAGCUAUAGUGAGCUUCAAGGCUGGGAGUGUGGAGCCGGCACAUCACCAUACAUUUGGGCAUGAUCUGGUGGUGAUGAAGGGGAGCAAGAGGGUAUGGAAUUUGAGCAAGAAAACAAAGUAUGAUCUAGGUGUUGGAGAUUAUCUGUUUACUCCGGCUGGGGAUGUGCACAGAGUGAAGUAUUUUGAGGAUACAGAGUUUUUCAUCAAGUGGGAGGGUCAGUGGGAUAUUUUCUUUGAUGAGGAUCUCGAGGUUGCAAAGAGUGCCAUUGAGAAAGAAGCAGAGGAUGGAUUUGAGUGGAUAAAGUAAGGUGUGGAGGUGAAAUGAGCUUCGUCUGUAUAAAUGCCCGGUAUGUGUUUGUUGUUUUGUAACUCUUGGUGUCUGAGACAGUCAAUAAUACUUUCAUUGUCAUAAUAGAGUCAGGUAUGUCGAGGACGUGCCAUUUGGUGUUAGGUCCUGAAUUUGAGCCUGAAUAAACUGAUUAUGGUAUUGUUCUAGUUUUAUUGCAUUACAUAUCUUGCUACUUUCUUCUUUGUUUCACUGUAAUGGAAAUGUGUUAAAUUUUGGCUUCCAA